AUGGACAGGCUGAUAGAUGAGGCCUGCCAGGAGUCUCCGUGGAUUUGGAUGUUUGCAGAUGACAUUAUAAUCUGGGAAUGGAGUGGUAACCACUCAGGAUGUCUAUAUAACAGCCAUUCUUCAGUAUCUUUAUCCUACAGCCAUGUUUCCAGGUCACCUGUGACCAGACACCUUCCUCUACCUGGUCCCUGCACCUGUCAUCAAGGCUCAACGAUCCUAAAAGAUCACCUCCCUAAGGAGCAAAGUGAGGAGCUGAAGCAACGACGAGCUAGGGAGUUUCAGCAGAACAAAAACAGGACAACCUCAGUACUGUCCAGACUGCUGUUUGCCUUGCCUAACUCUCCUCUGCAGUAUCCUAUCCAGGGUUACACAGUGCAGCCUUUGACCUCCACUGUCAUACCAGCUUUAGGGCUGCAUGCAGAAAAAAGAAACAGUUACAAGGUGGUCUUAAGUGUGUCUAAAGGCAUCCUCGCAACAGAUAUACCACAUCAAGACGCGACAGUCAAAGGUUCUGGUGAGAACAAACUGAUUAUUGAAUCCAGUAACCUGGUGCUCCUCAACAACUUGCUGGCCAAAGUGUCCUAUACCAGCACUGUCUACCAUAUAAACACUGGAGACCUUGCCACAUUGCAGUUUGAAAACCAUGAAGCGGUGUUCCCCAUUGCCAUCAAACAGCCUCAAAUUCCAGUCCUGUAUGACAUAGGGACAGACAUUAGUUCUCACGUCACCAUCACCACAAAGACUUUCCUGCGCUACAGAGAGCUGAAGGUGUUGUUGGACAGCAUCCGAAAGUUCUACAACAACAUAAAAGUGAUUAUUGCAGAUGACAGCUUAGAACCAGAGCCAAUUCAUAGAGAAAACAUCUUACAUUACCUCAUGCCUCCAGCACAGGGCUGGUUUGCAGGCAGAAAUCUGGCUGUUUCCCAGGUAACAACUAAAUACUUCCUGUGGGUGGAUGAUGACUUUGUCUUUACAGAGAAGACAAAGAUCGAGAAGCUUGUGGAGGUGAUGGAGGCGAACCCUGAACUGGAUGUGGUUGGUGGGGCUGUAGAAGAGAACCAGUUUUAUUUUACUCUUAUAUAUGAGGAAGGAGAAGAAAAUGAAGGUGGCUGCCUAUACAGGAUGUCUCAAGGGAAAUUUCACUCACUUCCUGGCUACCCACAAUGCUUUUUGGCUAAUGGAGUGGUCAACUUCUUCCUGGCUCGUACAGAUGCUGUACAGAAGGUGGGUUUUGACCCUAAGCUACAGCGGGUAGCACAUUCAGAGUUCUUUAUGGAUGGUCUGGGCUCUUUGCUGGUCGCAUCAUGUAGUCAAGUAUCCAUUGGUCAUCAACCCAAAACAGCCGACAGCCAGAGUUCUACAUACGACAAAUAUAGAAUCCCGGGAGAAAAUGAUGAAGAAUUCAAACUGCAGCUUCACUUUUACAAAAACAACCUUAAGUGCAUUAAAUAUGGAUAGAAAGAACACAAAGGACAUCAGUGUCACUUUUAUUGUCUUUAUUGUUAUUGUUUUGUCAUGAUCUCAGGGUUAUCUGAGUUUAGGAUUCUCUGUGAAUAUAGCCGAGUUUGGCUUUGUGUUUGGAUUUUAUUCAUCCUGAUUUGUUUUCUUUUUUAUUAUUCUUAGAGUUUAAUAUCUUGUGAUUUUGUUGACAAUGAAUUCUGUUUUUACUUAUUUUCUUUUGCUGUUUUGUCAUCCUUGGUUUUCAUUUAUAUUAUAGAUAGAUAGAUAGAUAGAUAGAUAGAUAGAUGUAUUAAAAAAAUGCCCUCUCACCCCUGCGGGCGGUCUAUCCUUCAAGCUCGGGUCCUCUGGAAUGGGAGCACCUGGCAUGGGAGCUUGAGGGUCCUGUGCAGUAUCUUAGCUGUUCCUAGGACUGCACUCUUCUGGACAGAGAUCUCCAAUGUUGUCAACUAGCAGCUGGUUCAUUUGUGCUGCCAGGCCCUCGUGGAGUGCAGUCAGCUUCUUCAGCCUGUAGGCGUGAACCAUAACGGGGCCUGGUGCUGUUUAACUUUUCAUAUUGGAUACCCUUUCUUGGAUGUCUGCCACUGUGAUGGUUACUGGACCCUGUUCGGGGAGGUUGCUGUGGUCUGCCCUCAGAUCCACUAGCCACUGAGCAUUGCCAUUAUGGGUUGCGUUCUUCUCCCAUAUGCUCUUCCAGUAUUGUUCCAUCUUCAGCCAUGGUGGUGCUGUUCUCAUAUUGUUCCCCUGCCACUGAGAGUACACCUUUGCUGGUUCUGCGGAGAACAACUGGUUUAUUCUCCUACCUUCAAUCUCUCUAGUGUACCUCUUCAAGCGGCUGGCCAAGGCUGUGAGUCGUUGCUGGACAGGUUUCUGUACUUCUUAGGCACCUUCUACAUCACACCUUUCUGCAGCUCCGAUAGUUGGCUAACCUCCCUCCGUGCUACCUUGAUCUUAGCCUCUAGCCUCCUUCUCCAUGGAGGGUACUGCCCCUUGUGGCUGUUCAACUUGUAGUUGUGCAUCUCAUUGAUCACUGCUGCCGUGGUGUAGAUCAGCUUGUUAGUCUCGGAAAUGGUGGCUGUAGGUAUCAUCCAUAGAGCUGCAUUAACAUCAUCUAGAAGGAAUUGCAACUUGUAUCCUAAACAUUAAACCAUUUGGUUGAUUUGGAUGGUUGCCAUGUUUUUAGCUGGUAAAGUAUAAAGCUUAUAGCUGUACGUCAUCAUGAAACUGAUACUAGCAUGAAUUAGCAUAAGUUUAAUGUAGCAGCAUUAAAUGAAUCAUAUAAAUACCAAUGACUGAUCAGAAGGGUUUUUAAGUCUUGAUUUCAGUUCACUAGCGUCAGGUCUAGUGUUUACCAUAAAUGGUCAAAUCAACCAUUUGGUAGAGUAUGUUUUUAGAAAAUGAUUUGGCCCUCAUAAAACUUUAUUUUAUCUUAUCAAACAAAUGUUUGGUGAAAAUUAUAUAUUUUCAUCAAACACAGUCAUUUUUUUGGCAUGUCAGUCCACAUUUUUUAGCUUCCCUUUCCCGUUGCUAACUGUCUGUAAGGAAGCUAAUUGAAAAGGUCUACUAAUAAAAGACAGUUUGACAUUUAGUGGAUCUUUUGCGAAUAACAAUUUAAAGAUAAGUGGUGCAAAAGGCUCAAACAGGUUAAGUUAAUUUUAGUGCCUGUUUCAGAGACAUAUUGGAACUGCUUUUAUUUUGGUCAUCUGUUGGCUCUUGUGCUUUGUGUUUAUUUUCACUUCAUUUAUCUUAUUUCCACUGAUUUGUUGCACCUGUUUUUUUUACCCAUCUGUUCCCCACUAUCCUAAUAAACGUGUGUGUGUUUACUGCCUCA